GCGCCAUCUUUGAUUUCGUCGUCUGAAAGACAAGAACGAACUGUUAAUACAAUUUUCGAACGUUUUUUUCCUAAUGAUUGAAAUAUCUGAAGAUAUUGACUUGGCCUAUGCACUCAGCUUGCAAGAAGAACUCGAUCGAGAGCAGGAGAAUGAGAAAUCAAGCCACGAUUUGGCGAGUUUAUCAGCUUUAUCAAGACCAAGCACACUAGCGGCCGCUCCAGUCUCUGUUGUAGAUGAUUCGUGGGAACUCAUUGAUCCGAUUCCUGAUGUGCGACAGUUAUUCUUGCAGUUUAACGAUGUCUAUUUUAAAGGACUCUUAAGCUCCGUAGAAGUAAGAUGGAGUCCACGGAUGACAUUGUAAGUGUUUUCGUAAAUGAAGCAUCUAGAAAUUUGGCGCCAAAUUCAUUAUUUAUUUAGAUUUUUUCUGAGAUCAAUAAUGGAAGCUUCAUAGCUAAGAUCGAUUCAUAGCUGCCUCUCGAUUUUCGGCUUAACUGCAGAAUACCUUGCCACUGUAAAGCAACCCCUAAAAAUAGUUGGAUAUGCGGAUACCCAGGGGGUGUUUACAUGACACCGGGACAACUUUCGCGCCGGUGCUAGUUUACUCCGGUUCCCUAUCAUGGCUCUGUAUUUGUUUACAUGACACCAACACAAAAUUUCAUGCCGGUAUGAGUCACACCGGCAUGAGUUCACCCCGGUUGUUGUACAGGAGCAAGAAUUUCACCCCAGUACAAAAUUACACAACAGUAUCAUGUGAACGCAAAACAACCACUCGUUUCGGUGUGAAAUUGCUUUGCAGGUAGACUUGAGUGGGUAGCGCACGCACAAUGUUUGCGAUUUUGAAUCACAAUCAUGUGUAUAUUAUCAACAUGAAGUAUACCUUCAUAUAAACACAAUAUGAAAUGACCCAGUCAUUGUGUAAACAUGAUAAAAAAUCAAGAAGUCAUCCUGGUAUGAAAGUCACACAGGUGCGAGUUUUCUCAUGUACACACCCCCUUAGACACUUAAAACAGGGUAUAAAGCACAUAGUAUGUCUAUUUGUCGUUUUUAAAGCCAGUGAAGGUAGAAAAGCGCAUAAAAGAGAGAACUGCGUAUCCACGUAAUGUAGCAACGUUAAAAUUUUGUCGUGGAAGGGGUGGAGCCCCGGUGGGGGUUGUGGGGGAGGAGUUACUCAAGGAAGGAAACUGCAUACCCUGUCUAAGACUGUAGACCAGAAAACCCUUAAGGGAGUGCUCUCCAGAGGGGACAGAGGGGAUCAGGGGCAGGGGUGGGUGGAGGAGCAAAGUAUAGCAGAAUUCAGGACAAAGCUCCUAAGUUACCAGUCAACACAGCCUGACCACCAGCCACCCAGUAACAGGCCACUUAUGUAUGCCUGUCUUUUCAAGGUUUUUAAUACAAUUCCACAUAUAAUGAUAUCAUAUCAGGAAACUGAUAUGAUAUGUCUGUCAUAUCAUAUAUAAUGAUAUAAUGACGUGAUAUAACAUGUUUCAUUUUGUUUUGUACUUUGCUCUUUUGAGGUAACCUUCAUUUCAGUACUGGAACAAUCCUCAUUCAUAGGUUCCAUUUAUUGAAGAGUAGAGCAUCUAGCACCUCUUCUUAAACGACCGUGAAUCCUCUAUUAAGCCCCCUGGGGGCUUAUUUAUUUCAAGCCCAUUUGAGGGGGGGGGCUUAUUUGAGAGGGAGAGCUUAUUAUAAUAUUAUAUAUUAUUUAGAAAUGACGAUGGUAUCAGUUCUCCUUAAAAAACUAGAAUACAAAGUGGAAAAGCUCAAGUGCAAGAAGUUUUAGGUCAUGCAGCUGAGGAUCAAAAUCAAAUCCGAACUUCCAGAUCAAUCCACACAAAGUUUUACAGUCGUGAUUGAUUAAUACAGUCUACUAUUUAUUAGUGAAGAAUAAUUAGGGGUGGGGAGGGGGGCUUAUUAAUGUUCUUUCCCUGAAAAGGGGGGUUUAUUAGAGGGAGGGGGCUUACUUGAGAGGGGUGGCUAAUUAGAGGAUUUACAGUAUCUUCUUUUAUUCUGUCAGGUGUGCUGGACUGUGUUGUUAUGAGGGUCGUGGAGGUUUGUGUUCUAUUCGACUCAGUGAACCUUUGCUAAAGCUUCGUCCAAGAAGAGACCUUGUCCAGACAUUACUGGUAAGGUGCCUUCCAUGAUUUCUGAUUGAAUACCCAAAGAAAUGUUCAUUUUUAAUACUUCAUCACUAUCAGCAUUUAACAAAGGAUACCAUUGCUUAUUAGUCUUGCAUAUUAGAUGAUUAUUUGAUCAUUAUUUUUGGUGCUGCAAACAGCAGAGAGAGAUCAACUUUGAAAAACUGUUGGGCUGAACAGUUUUCAAAAACCCUAAUUUCAAUCCGUUUCAAUCUUCUUCAGUUUUUUCCAUCCAUGGAAUCUGUCGUACAUAUCUGUUUUGUUAUUUUAACCUUCGUUUAAUGUUUGAAGCAGUUAUUUUUAAGUUUCUCUUAAUCUAACGGGCAUUUUGUAAUUACCUAAUUUGGCUGAAUUUCAUGGCAUAGCUCCUUUAGAGGGUUAAUCCUUAUAUUUGUGCAUCUGCAUAGUACAAAUUGAUAAAAAUAUUUCAUCAAGUACUAUUUUUUCUGUGAUUUUUAUUUUAGCAUGAGAUGAUCCACGCAUUGUUGUUUGUGACCCAAAAUAAUAAGGCAAGUAAUGAAAAUUAACUCUGCUUUAUUUCCUUAUUGCUAUUGGGUUUUAUAACAGAUUUUGUUCCCUCUUACUCGUCAAAUAAAUAAUUAUAACAACAAUAAUAAAUUAUUUAAUUAAUUACUGCUGGAAAAAUGCUGGUCCAAGUUGUUCAAUGUAGGUGGCUUUAUCUAGUUAGAGAUAGGUGGUGGUUAACAUUAACUCAAACAUCUAAGUUAGCUUGAAACAACUUAUUGAACCUGGUUUCUCAAAAGAUAGUUGAGCAUAAAUCUGGGUUAAGCCAAAUUUUAAGCAAAGUUUUCUUGUUUAGGAACAAGUAACCAGGGAUGUAGAUAAGAGACAGCUACUGGUGAAUUUCACCGGCUGAGCAAGAGCUUCCUAACAGCUUAAAUUGGCCAUUUGCACGAUGAUGUCAUUUUACUACUACGACCAGAAUCCCUUAGGAUUUUGCUUUCUUUUGCAAAUUAGGGUUUUUGUUAUCGAAACCUCACUAGGAUUACCAAAUUAAAAUAUGAAAGCAAAAACGCAAAGGAUUCUGGUUGUAGUAGUAAAAUGACGCCAUGUUGCAAAUGGCCUAUUGAACAGGGAAACAACGAUUUGGGGUAAUUUUGAAGGUGAAGUGAAGAAAAAGUCGCUUGACUUAUGAAGAAGCUUAAGUUGCUUUUCCUUAACUACAUCCGUGUGGAACUGGAGCUAAGAAAAUCAGGUUCAGCCUUGACUGUGAGACACAGUUAUGACAACACAAAGUGAUACUUAAAUAGCCUAUUUGAAGGUGAAUACAAUUUUUAUUUAUUGUGAAUUAAAAUUUAAAUCCUGGUUUGGAUUGCACAAAUCAGCCUCUCAGGAAAGCCACCUUCAUCAUUAACUUGCUACUAUCUACAUACCCCUCCCUGAAGUCACAAUUUUGCCCUAAGUGAGAAGUAAGUGGUAAUGUCAACUUAGGGGAGGGGUAGGUGGUCAGAUACCCAGAAACCUUCAAUGAUCCCCUACAGAUCCCCAAAAAGAGAGGUAUGUUACCAGGGGUAACCAGGUGUUGUUGGAGCAUAAAUCUAAGUCUUCUUUCAAUCUUUCAGGAUCAUGAUGCCCAUGGACCAGAAUUUCUUAAGCACAUGCAGAGAAUAAACGCAGAAAGUGGUGCAAAAAUUACUGUAAGUAUUCAAUGACGAGUGUUUUCCCUUGGGAUAAAAUCAUUUGCAGCAGAAACUUACAGCCAUCCAAUUUGCAUGAUAGAAAUUUUUAUUGUUUUCAAUCCUAAAAGUAGUGAGAAACGCCAACGCCCAAAUGUGACAGCUAUAUGUGCAUGCUACCAAUGAGAGCACCCUAAACAACAUCUGGUAUCCAUUAAUUUAUUGAUCACCAGGAUUGCUGAAAAAAACGUCCUGGAUUACAGCAAUUCUUUGGAAACAAAUUUUCAUUAAGUGAUUGUCGUGAUUGUUGCAAGAGGGAUCACCAAGAUAAUCUUCACUGUAGUCUUAAGGCUGGUUUCUGUAUAAUGUGAAUGUUCCUUUUCCAUUGUAAAUGUCUCUUUAUUUACAAACUGUCAAGUUCAGCUAAGGUUACGAUUUAUUUUUGGGGACAUUUUUCAUCGGUGAACCUGCCACUGCACCUCAGUAAAUAGUCUGAAAAUGUUUUUUUUUUAAUUGUGCUCUGCAGGUUUAUCACAACUUUCAUGAUGAGGUGAGUUGUGGUGCUAUCAUUAUUAAUAGGGACUUCCAUACAACCCAAAGCGAUUCUUGUAGUACAGUUUUAGUACCAUUUAUGACAUCAUACAUGUUUUUAGAAUAAACGCCCUUGAUAAACAACCAAUAAACAAAGACAGAAGAAAGAGUUGUGGGUUAUAGUUUUUUUUUUAAUCUUUGGCAUAAAAAAAAACCAUUUCAAGGCUGUGCUCUAAGGAAAAUUGAAGGGAGCCUUGUAAAAUCCAGGGUGCCCAGCAUAUGAUUUGAAUGAAAAAAGUAAGAUUUCUAGUCGUCCAAGAGCAAAAGUUGGGCACCAGGAACCACUGGGCUCUGCUAGAGCACAGCCCCUCAUUUAGCAAAAUUUUCCAUUGUCUCAAAUUAAACCCAACAGCAUAUUACAACAUCCCUAAUCUAAAGAGUGAGACAAAUUUUCAGAGAAUACUAAGUUUGACAGCCCUUUUUACUUAAUUCAGGUGGCUUGGAGUAAUGUGCCAUACAAACGACAGUCACCGUUCUUGGUUAGAAAUGUUUCUUUCUUGAAAAUAUUUUUUUAUUCAUCUUACUAAAUGAAAUUUAAGAUAAGAAGAGAGAGACCAAGUUAUGGUCACAUGAGUCAUCAGAGAUUGAAGACGGUGGGCCAGUCGAGUUAACCUAUUCACGGCCAGACGACUCGUCCUCCAGUGUCCAAGUUUGGAACCGGUCUGGUUGUGAGUCCCAGAAUUUUAUUUACUCCUCUUACACGACGGAAACUUGUGACAUCUACAAAGGGUUAUACAUUCUAGUCUUCUCAGAUAAGGACAAAAAACCGCAGGUGCUGUCUCAUAGCUCUUUCACUGUUCUGAUUCCUGUGGAACAUAAAAAAAAACCCACACUGAUGUUGGUAAAGAGUAGGGGGCAUAGGCACUGAUGGUGUAGUACAACCUUUCAUGGGCUGGGUGGGUAAUGAAGGGGUGUAUUUCAAUAUUGGGAUGUAAGUCCUGUUUCAUCCCUGUCACUGUGUUGACUCACCAUGGCAAAUUCAAUAAAGGAAUUCCGAAUCUGUGGAUGAAAUCAUACAGUGAUACAGUGAAAUAAAACCUCUUCGGUUGAACAUUUGCAUAGUACUAUUUUUUUCUUAGGACUGUUCAAAAAGAAAUGUGGAUUUUAUGUCUGGAUUUCCUCUUUGGACACUGUUUUGAGUGAAAGGCUUAAUGUCUUUCUUUUAUCUGAUUUUUAAGGUCAAUGUUUAUCGUCAACACUGGUGGAAGUGCGAUGGUCCAUGCAGCAAGAGACCACCUUAUUAUGGGAUGGUCAAAAGAGCCAUGAACCGAGCACCUUCUGCAAGAGACCCCUGGUGGGCAGACCAUCAAAGAACGUGCGGUGGGACCUACACAAAGAUUAAAGAACCUGAAAAUUAUGGUGCAAAAAAGACUAAAUCAAAAGAGGGGAAAGGAAAAAAAGACUUAAAAACAGCAUCAGCUAAGGGCAAAGGAGAAGGGAGUGAGUCUGGUGCAUUACAAAAGUUUUUGAAACGAAAGAAGUCUGAUACUGACAGUGGUGGUAGUGACUCAGACAAAAGCUGUGAAAAUGGAAUUAAGAGAAAGAAAGGGCCAUCAGAGGAAGGUGCUAAAGCUUCAUCAAUUAAUGGUGGAGUAGUAAAACCGAAUCACAAUCAACCAGAGACGUCCAGGUGGACUGCUGAUGUAAUACCAUUUUCUGGUCCUGGUAGGACCUUAGGUUCAAACUCCACAGAACCCAAGUCAGUUUCACAGGACUGUGGAAGAUCUCUUGUUGGAAAAGCCAGUGAGACUACUAAGUCAUCUGUUGUUGUUAUCAAAACUCCUUCCCCAAACAAAUCCAAGAAAAUUCCAUUGCCAACUCUCACUAUAGUGGAUGCUUUUCAAAGAGCUAAGGACAAAAGUAAGAAUGGCAACAGUGAAAGUGACUCUUUAAGAAGCCCUCUAUUAGGAUCUCAGAGAAAGCCUAUCGAGCUGGAUAGUUCUCCAAGCCCAAGCACAGGUACCCCAGGCAGUGUUCACUGCCCUGCAUGUCAAGCUUUAGUUUUGCAAUCCAAAAUCAAUGAUCAUCUUGACUCCUGUUUAAAUUGA